CAACGCAUCUGCGUUCUGAGGGGAGUGCCUCAUCACCUUAUGGUGUUUGGUGGACUUGAGUGAGAGUGCCUCUGUGUCUUGCAGUGUUAGUUGAUAUUCUUUUUCCCAUGACUUCUUCAAAACAGGUUGGAUGUGGAUCAUUAUGGAUUUUUAUGCGCAAGCAAAAACGCUAUUGUUUUGAAAGCCCCCUCUUAACAUUUUUUGAUGUGUCGAUAUAGUUUUGUUGACUUCAUGAUUCCGUCUUUGUAGUUUUGCUCGUUGACGAAGAUUCAUUGUCGAUAAGAUCCAGCUUACUUAGAAGGAAGAAAACUUUUCACGGAAUUCUCUCGACUCAAAGUCAAACUACUUCUUGCUUCUUAACUCCAUUGCGAUUGCUAGUUUUGAUUUUCCAGUCCUCCAAAAACAUCGAUUAAUUUCUAAGUCCAUCAAAAUGGCUGACCUCACGGCCAACAACAGUGGCCCUGCCUACAUGGCAAAGGUGCGAGCCGCUCUAGCUGCGGCUCGAGAAGGGGAUGUGCCCAAGCUCCGCGAGUUGCUGGGAGAAGAAGAGCAACUCCAAAAACUGGGAGAUGACUGGGCCACUCUCAAACUCCUUUCUCCGAAUGUCCGUGAUAACCGUUGGCGCACAUUGCUGAUGUACGCUACCACCUUUGGUCAAAAAGCGACUGUGAAAUACCUGCUAUCGCAUCCAGGGAUUCAACCUAACCUCCGUGAUGAUUCGCAGAUGACGGUUUUACACCACGCUUGCCGCAAGACCACUGCAGCGAUGAAGCUGAUCAAGCAUAACUCGAGUCAAGCGGAUCUUGUUCUUAAGGCUUGAAGAAAUCCAUCUGAGACAGCAUCUGAGGCCCGGAUGUUCUUAAAGGGAACAAGCACACCGGGAUGCUCCACGCGAUGGAUUUCUCCUCGCGCUAAUGUUCGGACGUUGAUCAAGUCCGGAUGCUCGAUCAACGUGCAAGAUUCGUAUGGUGCCACACCCUUGAUGUAUGCGGUCAGUUUUAUGGACCGUGUCAUUUCCUACACUCUGUUGUACCAUGACGCGGACUUGUUUUUGCAGGACUUCCAAGGUGGCGAUUGCAUGACCUACGCAGGACACAACCAAGAUUUAAAAUUGGGUGAGGAAUUUUUCGAAUUUUUCUACAAGAAGAACUUCUGAUUGAAGACAAUGAUUGGACUUAGUACGAAUUCAUUGAUUGAAAACUUGACGAACAAUCACAAUUAUGUUGCCUUCUCUUCUUUUGUUCCCUCUCCACCUUUUAUCUAAAUGUAAAUUGGCUUUGGCUUAUCUUGUUCCUUGGCUCAAAUUCAGAAGCUCAUAAUGAAUCUCACUACCUCUGCUCCUCCAAGAAGAACUUCAACCUCUCAUCCUACAACUUCUCUAGGCUGUAUGCUCUACCACGCUGGUUUACAAUGUCCGGACACCGAAUUUGGCAAUCAGUUAUGUGAGUACAUCGACGAGCUUGGUGGCGAAGCUGGGAGUGCCUCAGAGGGUGAGGACUACCUGGAUGAAGACGAUGCUUCUGAUAACGAAGGCAAAAACACAAGCAACUUUCAAGUGGAAAUGCUUCAGGGGAACGACGAUCCGGAUGAUUACGAUUUGGAGAGUGGGAAAGAAGACGACUCUGGGCCAGAGAGCGAGACAAGGACGCCGCGUUCUCACGUUAAGGCUUCCUCUAAUCCAUCUUCGGAAGCAUCCUGA